AUGAAGGACUGAUUCUGAAGCACGACCGGAGGAUCACAUAUUCUGUUGCACCAGACCAAACCACUCUCCGAAAAGGGGGGUGUCACUUAUGUUGCAUCCAAUUGUUUCCUACUAAAAGCAUUUGUUGAUGUGUUUUUAACAGUAAAAGGGCGAUUUAAUGUGUUCAAUAAUUUCACAUAAAUAUGCAAAGACUUUAAUUUACGAAUCUAAUCGGGCUUUUUUAUAAGGUAAUUCCAAUGAAUUACCCCGGUCGGUAAAGAUGGACUGCUAAAGCGUAAUAUUGUAUAAUCUGGGUGCAGGAACAAAUGUAUAAGUGACCUACACUUUUCGUCCAAGCAUCCUCUAUGAACAACUUGAAUGACCCACCCAGAUGGAACAUCCAACCAGACCCCAGAGGAAGGGGGGUGGGGGCCGGUGAUGGCAACCAAUGGAACUACGCCCUGCUGGUCCCUAUGCUGGGACUGGCUGCGUUUCGUUGGAUCUGGACCAGGGAGUCUCAGAGGGAGAUCCAGAAGGUCAGAGCCCAGUAUGACAAGGAUAUGUCCACAAUAAAAAGUGAGAUGGAGGCACAGUACCGGGAGACACUGACAGAGAGGCGCAAGGCAACAGCUACACUAGAGCUGGAGCUGGAAAAGGAGAGACAGAGGGUGAAAGGCUACAAGCAAGCCCUGAUCUCACAGAGCCAGCGACUGAUGGAAGAGCGGAAACAGCUGCAACAGCUCGUUCUUCUCCCUUACAAGGAGCGAGAGGCCUUAGAGGAAGAGAAGCAAAGGCUGGUAAAUUCCGGAGCUGCCGGUGUUGUGCUGCAUCAAGCCCUGGAACGAGAGCACGACUGGUACCAUCGAGCCACAGCCACUCUGAAGGAGUUAGAGGGUCAUCUUGUGGAACGCCAGAAUGCCUACUGUUCCCUCAUCCAACCUCGAGAUCAGCGGCUGGAGAUGGAGAAGAACAUGCUGCUAAAGGUGGUCAAAGACCCCAUCGGGCCAGAAGUAGAUCUAGAGUCUGACCUGAAAGAUAUUUUUAAGAGAGAUAAGCACUGUGCGGACCUGCUAAACAUGGACAAGAGGAGGAAUGGAAGCCUCAUGUGGGUCUAUCUGAAGUACUGGCAGCUGCAGGUCACUGUCCAAAAACACAAGAAAGCUGAGGAAGCCAUACUAGGAGGGAAAUUCCAGUCUCUCACAAAGUGACGAAAGACAAAGUAAAGCUGGUGUUUUUCUUUUGACUUUGAACAAUGUUGAAAGUAUGUGGCUCAGGAAUGGAAAAUACAUGUAUUUUUCACUCUGAGUAAUUACGUUUAUUUGAUAGGGAUGGUUUUGAAACACACAAGUUAAUCUCAACAAGAUAAUGUUCAGCAUCUGAAAGUUCCCUUCUUGAUCUCAGAGUUUAGAAAAGAAGAGAACUUUUGUCAGGUUUAAAAUGCUGAAAUACAAUAGUACCAUAACUCAGAACUCACAGAACCGUUAGCUUUAAAUUAGCUGUGUGAAAACCUAUAAUGGUAAAUAUGCAUUAGAAUCAUUCUCGUAAUUUCCAUAUUGGAUACUCAACUGAUGUUUAAUGACAUAUUUGGAAAAUCGGAAAAUCAAUGUUAGUAUAACUUACCCUCUCUGAGUGCCAUGAAUCACUGCUAGGUGAGUGUGCUGUAUCUCUGAACGUUGACUUUUUUUUUUCUUGUUUGUUCUCUCUGUCUUGGGUAAUGGAUUGAUGGCUUCCAAAAACUGUCACAAUGUCCAAUGUGAUAAUACAUAUUUCUGAAAAAAAAAA